CGCUAUACCGUUAUGUUUUUCGCGAUAUAACCUCUAAACACGUAUGCCGUACGUACACGUAACCUAAGAAAGCUGACGGGGACGUCGCAUCCUGGACCGUACGAUUACACGUCAUUACUGCACUGACAGUGACACUCGCGGUCGUCUGUCGCAUUCUGAACAAUAAUAAGAAUAAAGAUACGUGAAAAAUGUCAGAUGUAAGAGACUGGUUUAAUUCCUUGCCGAUAUUUACGAGAUACUGGUUAUUGUGUACCUUGGUGCUCACAUUACUCGGCAGAUUCGGAAUUCUGAGUCCGCACUCGUUGAUACUCUGGCCCGAUCGGUUUCUGAAUAACUUUGAAAUCUGGCGAGCGGUCACGAGCGUUUUCUAUUAUCCGCUCAGCCCAGGCUCGGGCUUUCACUUCUUGAUCAACUGUUAUUUUUUGUACAAUUAUUCGUUGAGGUUGGAGCGCGGGGAGUACGAUGGUAAACCCGCGGAUUAUUGCUUCCUUCUGCUGUUCAACUGGAUAUGCUGCGUCAUCAUUGGACUUAUCGGCGAUUUUUCCCUCCUCAUGGAUCCUAUGGUGCUCAGCGUGCUGUAUGUAUGGUGUCAGCUGAAUAAGGAUGCAAUUGUUAACUUCUGGUUUGGUACACAAUUCAAAGCCAUGUAUCUGCCAUGGGUCUUAUUUGCAUUUAACUUGAUCAUUUCUGGUGGUGGAAUGAUGGAGCUGUUUGGCAUUCUAGUUGGACAUAUGUACGUCUUCUUGAAGUUCAAAUAUCCCCAAGAACUCGGUGGUCCGGAAUUACUCAACACUCCAAAGAUACUUGAAAGUUACUUCCCACCUCAAAGAAGUGGGGUCCGAUCAUUUGGAAGUGCACCAACAAACAGGCCAAACACUGGGGAACAAAAUGUUCAAGGAAGAAAUAUAUUUGGGGGACAUAACUGGGGAAGGGGUCAUGUAUUGGGUCAAUAAUUCAAAAAUGUUACUUGCAAAGUUAUGAAACAAGAAAUUUCCUAUUCUAAUUAUAAAUUUUGCGAUUUAUGUCUUAAUAUGCAAGAGCAAUAUUAGUUUCUUGAUUACCGAUUCUUCCAAGUAUCUCUUUUUGUAAACUAUUACAUAACUUCAAUAAUUAAACUAUAAAACAUAU